AUGAAACACAUCAUGGCAUUCAUGGUGAUGAUAAUGGAGAUAGCCAUAUUAUCAACAGCCUUGGCCAUGGUAGCAUCUCAAGCCUUACCCCAGUGUGACGACCGGUGUGGCGACGUGCAUAUUCCAUAUCCAUUCGGCAUCAAAGAAGGGUGCUAUCUCAAUCAAAAUUUCUCGAUCACUUGCAACAAAACCGAUCGCAAUGGACCUCCAAAGGCGUAUCUAAUGCAGACCAAUAUUAGCGUUACCAAUAUAUCUACUAACGGUGAGCUUCACGUGUUGCAGCCGGUAGUGCGAACUUGCUACGACCAAGUAAAUGGUAGUUUUGUUCCCAACGAAUCCAAUCUUUCUGUGCCGGCCAUGUUCUCAAUUUCUGGUACCAAAAACAAGUUCGUUACCAUUGGGUGCAACACUCUUAGUGUAAUCACUGGAAAUCACCAAGGGAGUUUGUAUGGAAGUGGGUGUAUUUCGGUGUGUUUAAAUAAGAGUAGUGUAGUUAAUGGGCCGUGUUCUGGCAAUGGGUGCUGUCAGUUGGAGUUUCCAAAUGGGUUAACCAAUUUGAGCGUGGCGGUGGGUGGGUUGUUGAAUUUCACUGAUGUAAGGACAUUCAAUCCCUGUGGGUAUGCUUUUGUGAUUGAAGAAGAGAAGAGGUUCGAGUUUUUGUCAAGUUAUAUUGAGAAUUUUGAAGAUGAGGAAGUUGAGGUUGUGCUUGAUUGGGGCAUUAGAAAUGAAACAAGAUUUGAAUGUGGAUCAAACACCACAAGGAGUAGUAUCCUUGAUGGAACUGAAUAUCGUUGCCAAUGCUUGGAUGGUUACGAUGGGAAUCCAUAUCUCCCUCAAGGAUGCCAAGAUGUGGAUGAAUGCGAGUAUGCAUGGCUGAAUGACUGUGAGUACAAGGACAAGUGUGCUAACACUAAAGGAAACUAUACCUGUCAUUGUCCUAAGAACUUCCAUGGAGAUGGAAGAGAAGGCGGAGAAGGUUGCACCAAAAAUUCCACCUCUUCCAUUCCUAUCAUCAUUGGGAUUGGGGUAGGCCUCCCAGUUUUACUAAUAGCCACCACAACCAUCUACUUGGGUUACAAGAAAUUGAAGUUCAUCAAACAAAAACAGCUUUUCUUCCACAAAAAUGGAGGCUUUGUGCUUCAACGACAGCUUUCUCAAUGGAAUUCACCAAACGACAUGGUUAGAAUUUUCAGCCAAGAAGAGUUAGAGAAGGCCACCAACAACUACGCCCAGGACACCAUUGCUGGCAAAGGUGGCUUCGGUACUGUUUACAAAGGUGUCUUGGACGAUGGACUCACCAUUGCAAUCAAGAAAUCAAAAUUCAUGGACGAAUCCCAAACAUCACAGUUCAUCAAUGAAGUCAUUGUUCUUUCCCAAAUCAACCAUCGAAACGUGGUCAAGCUCUUAGGGUGCUGUUUAGAGACCCAAGUCCCAUUGUUGGUCUACGAGUUCGUCACCAACGGCACCCUCUUUGAUCACAUCCAUGACACUACCAAACACGUCCCUCUUUCUUGGGAAGCUCGCUUGAGAAUCGCUUCGGAAACAGCCGGUGUCAUUUCGUAUUUGCAUUCUUCGGCUUCUAUUCCCAUUAUCCACAGAGAUAUCAAGACGACCAACAUACUUUUAGACGAUAACUACACUGCAAAGGUGUCUGAUUUUGGUGCUUCCAAGUUGGUUCCUAUGGAUCAAACUCAGCUAACCACGCUCGUGCAAGGGACUCUCGGGUACUUAGACCCUGAGUACUUAUUGACGAGCGAGUUAACUGAGAAGAGUGAUGUGUAUAGCUUUGGAAUUGUGCUUUUGGAGCUUAUAACGGGGAAGAAAGCGGUGAGGUUUGAUGGGCCGGAAGAAGAUCGAAACCUAGCCAUGUAUGUCCUUUGUGCAAUAAAAGAAGAGCGUUUGGAAGAAGUGGUGGAGAAGGGAAUGGUGAGUGAGGCAAACAUGGAGCAAAUAAAGGAAGCGGCUAAGCUAGCAAGAGAGUGUGUAAGAAUCAAAGGGGAGGAGAGGCCGAGCAUGAAGGAGGUGGCUAUGGAGUUGGAGGGGCUGCGGGCAACGAAGGGUGAGCAUUCAUGGGCCAAUGUCAAUUUAUCCAGCGCAGAAGAGACGGUGUAUUUGCUGGAUGGAGCAUCAGAGUCGAGCCAAUUGGUUGGGAGUGGAAGUGUGGGCACUGUGGGGAAUAGCAUAAAGCUGGAAAUAACACUAAUGGAGCAUGGUAGACGGGUAGUGCAAAAUUGUUACAGGGACGCAUUUACGAGGGUUUCCAAUCUUUCUGUGCCGGACAUGUACCCACAUUCUCGUUCCAAAAAUAAGUUCAUUACCAUUGGGUGCAAUCAUGUUGGGUUAAUCUUGGGGGCUUACCAAGGGAGUGACUUUGAAAGUAGGUGUAUUUCGAUGUGUACAAAGAACAGUAGUGUAGUUGAUGAGUCGUGUUCUGGGAGUGGGUGCUGUCAGUUGGAGAUUCCAGAUGGGUUAAGCAAUUUGAGAUUGGCGGUGGGUGAGUUGUUGCAUUCCACUGACGUAUGGAAAUUCAAUCCCUGUGGGUAUGCUUUUAUAAUCGAAGCUGAGAGGUUCAAGUUUUUGUCAAGUUUUAUUAAGAAUUUUAAAGAUAAGGAGGUUGAGGUUGUGCUUGGUUGGGGCAUUAGAAACGAAUUAGAACUUGAUUGUGGACUAAACGCCAGAAGGAAUAGUAGUAUCUUUAAUGGAACUCAUUAUCGAUGCCAAUGCUUGGAUGGUUACGAGGGGAAUCCAUAUCUCGAAAGGAUGUCAAGGUGUUUGCAAGCUACUGAUCAAGGUAGAGGAGCGUUCGAGAGCUGUGCAGUCACGGAGGGGUUCGAGAGCUGUGCAGUCACGGAGGGGAUCGUUCAAUGUCAGUCUAUUUUUAGAUGUCGGAGUCUUUUUUGGAAUGCCCACACACCCACUUUCUGCGAUGAACUCUUUAAUAUCUUUACAAUUUAUACACACCAACAACAGCCCUGUCCUCUCAUGGUGAUGAACAUCAAACCCAUCAUGGCAUUCAUGGUGAUGAUGAUGAAGAUAGCCAUAUUAUCAACAGCCUUGGCCGUGGCAGCGUCUCAAGCCUUACCCGGGUGCGACGAAUGGUGUGGCAAGGUGCACAUUCCAUAUCCAUUCGGCAUCAAAAAAGGGUGCUAUCUCAAUCAAAACUUCUCGAUCACUUGCCACAAAACCGAUCGCAACCGACCUCCAAAGGCGCUUUUAAUGCAUACCAAUAUUAGUGUUAUGAAUAUAUCUACUAACGGUGAGCUUCAUGUGUUGCGGCCGAUAGUACGAAAUUGUUACAGCCACGGAGAUAAUUAUUUAGAUAUGAACGACGCGGAUAUUUCUGUGCCGGACAUGUUCCCACUUUCUCGUUCCAAAAAUAAGUUCAUUACCAUCGGGUGCAAUCAUGUUGGGUUAAUCUUGGGGGAUGACCAAGGGACUAACGAUGAAAGUUGGUGUAUUUCGGUGUGUACGAGGAAAAGUAGUGUCGUUGAUGGGUUGUGUUCUGGGAGUGGGUGCUGUCAGUUGGAUAUUCCAAAAGGGUUCACCAAAUUGAGUUUGGCAGUGGGUGAGCUGUUCAAUUACCCUGAAGUACGGAAAUUCAGUCCCUGUGGAUAUGCUUUUAUAAUUGAAGCUGCGAGGUUCAAGUUUUUGUCAAGGUAUAUUGAUAAGUUUGAAGAGGAGGAAGUUGAGGUUGUGCUUAGUUGGGGCAUUAGAAAUCAAUUAAAAUUUGAAUGUGGAUCAAACACCACAAGGAAUAGUAUCUUUAAUGGAACUCAAUAUCGUUGCAAAUGCUUGGAUGGUUACGAGGGGAAUCCAUAUCUCCCUCACGGAUGCCAAGAUGUGGAUGAAUGCACGUAUCCAUGGCUGAAUGACUGUGAGCACAAGAACAAGUGUUCUAACACCGAAGGAAACUAUACCUGUCAUUGUCCCAAGAACUUCCAUGGAGAUGGAAGAAAAGGCGGAAAAGGUUGCACCAAAAAUUCCACCUCUUCCAUUCCUAUCAUCAUUGGAAUUGGGUUAGGCCUCGCAGUUCUACUAAUUGCCACCACAACCAUAUACUUAUGCUACAAAAAGUUGAAGUUCAUCAAACAAAAACAGCGCUUUUUCCACAAAAACGGAGGCUUUGUGCUUCAACGACAGCUUUCUCAAUGCAAUUCACCUAAAGACAUCGUAAGAAUCUUCAGCCAAGAAGAGUUGGAGAAGGCCACCAACAACUACGCCAAAGACACCAUUGCUGGCAAAGGUGGCUACGGUACCGUUUACAAAGGUGUCUUGGACGAUGGACUCACCGUUGCAAUCAAGAAAUCAAAAUUCAUGGACGAAUCCCAAACAUCCCAAUUCAUCAAUGAAGUCGUUGUUCUUUCCCAAAUCAACCAUCGAAACGUGGUCAAGCUCUUAGGGUGCUGUUUAGAGACCCAAGUCCCAUUGUUGGUGUACGAGUUCGUCACCAACGGCACCCUCUUCGAUCACAUCCAUGACACUACCAAACGCGUCCCUCUUUCUUGGGAAGCUCGCUUGAGAAUCGCCUCGGAAACAGCCGGUGUCAUUUCGUAUUUGCAUUCUUCGGCUUCUAUUCCCAUCAUCCAUAGAGAUAUCAAGACCACCAACGUACUUUUAGACGAUAAUUACACUGCAAAGGUGUCUGAUUUUGGUGCUUCCAAGUUGGUUCCUAAGGAUCACACUCAGCUAACCACGCUCGUGCAAGGGACUCUUGGGUACUUAGACCCUGAGUAUUUAUUGACGAGCGAGUUAACUGAGAAGAGUGAUGUGUAUAGCUUUGGAAUUGUGCUUCUGGAACUUAUAACGGGAAAGAAAGCGGUGAGGUUUGAUGGGCCGGAAGAAGAUCGAAAUCUAGCCAUGUAUGUCCUUUGUGCAAUGAAAGAAGACCGUUUUGAAGAAGUGGUGGAUAAGGGAAUGGUGAGUGAGGCCAACUUUGAGCAAAUAAAAGAAGUGGCUAAGCUAGCGAAAGAGUGUGUGAGAAUCAAAGGGGACGAUAGGCCGGACAUGAAGGAAGUGGCUAUGGAGUUGGAGGCGCUGCGAGCGACGAAGGGUGAGCAUUCAUGGGCCAAUGUUAGGUUAUCCGCCGCACAAGAGUCGAGCCCAUUUGUUGAGAGUGGAAGUAUGGGCGCUGUGGAUGAUAGCAUAAAGCUGGAAUUGCCACAUGUCGAACAUGGUAGAUGAUCUUAUCAUAAAUGUUUUUAUUUAUGCAGUUGAAGUAGUCACUUUUUCCUUUCUUAAUUUAGAACUCGUGUCUUAAUCUUGUUCAGCAAUUUUCAGUAAAACAAAAUAAAGCUGUAAAUAUCAUGUGUGUUUGGUUGGAAAGAGGAGUGAAGUAAUC